AUGCCAAACGAUCUGCACUCUGCGUUGAGAGCCAUGAUGAUUGAAGAUGAUGAGCCAAUCAAUCUUCCAGACGAACCCCGAUUCAAGGUGUUUGAGGAAAACUCCUUAAGUUUGCUUGGAAGACUACUCAACCCUGACUGCCAGUCGAUGUCGAGGAUGAUUGACGAGAUGCCGACUCACUGGAGAGUUGUGGGACGUGUUAGAGGGAUCGCUUUGUCAAGAGAAAAGUUCCAGUUCAUCUUCAAAAGGGAAGAGGAUCUCCAGAAUGUGUUAAACGACAGACCCUGGAACAUAUCGUGUAACUUCUACACGCUUGAUACGAUGCAUGCUUUGGCAAAGGCCAUCGGCUUUGUCAGAAAGAUUGCCUACGACCCGAAAGCCUCACAGAAGACAGACUUUAUCAGGGCUCUGGUGGAGUUUGACGUAGCGAAACCAGCGAGAGAAGAGAAGGUCCUUAAUGUCUCUGCUGACAAGAGUGUGAUCAUCUCCUAUGAGUAUGAGAAGCUUCGGAAAAAAUGCUUCCCCUGUUUCAGGCUCACCCAUGAGAAACCACAAUGUCCUUUGCUGAGGAAACAACAUCACCAGGAGCGAUCGAAUCAGAGAACUUGGAGAGGUGGAAGCUCUUCAGGUGACCACGUAAGGAAAGACACACAAGCCAAACCUCAGACUCAGGCCUUGCUGGAAGGGCCUUCAGGGUUUCCUCCUCUGUUUCCAGAGUUAUCAAAAGAGGAGCAAAAGAGUGCUCUCCUUUACAUCUCCCAUGAUGAUCCGACAGAAAAAGCUGCAAGGAUUGCAAGGGUGAAACUUCAUAUUGAGGAGCUGAAGGAUAAAGAUGGUGAGUAA